CUGAGAGCAUCUCGCUGUCUGUGCUCUGCAUGCACAUUCUAAUCCACGUUAAACAUUUGUCUGCGGCCUCUGCAGGCUGUUCUCAGAGACAUUCAGUUGUCAGAUCUGCACUCUGAUAAACUCUACUUACUCUAGCCUCUUCCUUUGAAGAUUACACCUACUUUGCCGCCACAAACUUCUCAGUAUACAAGAACGCCCGGAUUCGUAGAUUUCCGCAGCAUACAUUUGCAGCUCGCUUUGCAAGAGCAGCUGCGAAAUAUCACCAGAAAUAGUCGACAAACUCAGACCAGAAGGUGACAAUUGGUCUGGAAGCAGACUUUGAAAGAUGAUGUGAACAGCUUUGAAACCUUCGUAUGAGUCCAGAACUCCGGUGCAGCGCUUCGCACAUUGAAUCAACAGAGCACAGAGGCUUUGACAAGGGCACCCAUUUUCCGGACUGCAACAUUCAGCUGUCCAGUCUAGCGCGCAAAACCCACGCCAAUUCACAGACGCCUGUGAUUUCAAAAGCGCAGAAAGCCCGGGGACUGCUUUCGCCUCUUAUGCCCACUACUCAUAUAUGCUCAGCGUGUUGCCAGCAUUUGUCAGCUGCCCACUGGAUGACCUUUCUUGAAUAAAUCUAGCAACAUUGCAUACAAAAAAACGCGCCCAACAGAAAGUGGCGCCUGUUCACACCAUCCUCGGCACUGCGCGCACACUGGCACCGCUGAGCUGGCGCCAGCUGCGGGCCUAUUCACGUCAAGCUGGAGCUCGCAAUCGGGCUUUUUCACACGGGGUGGGACGACCUGCCGGGGUUCGGUAUGAGUGGUGGUCAUGGCAUGGACAUUGAUGAAAUCACCGAGGGGCUCACAUCGCCCGAGGCCCUCGAGGAGCUCCUCACCUCGCUUCAGGGGGUUCCUCAGCCCCCCCCGCGCGUGCCGUCCCCGAAAACCCCCCUGCCAGAGUGGGGGGGAGAGCCCGGGGGGGGCAUUGGGGAGGAUCCGGAGGGGGGGGAGAAGCGGAAGCGGCUGACGGAGGCGCAGGUGCAGGAACUAGAGCGGAUCUUUCAGAAGGAGCCGACCGGGCCGCCGACGGAGACGCGCGCGGCUAUCGCACGAGAGUUCGGCGUCCCGCAGAACCAGAUUGCGAGCUGGUUCCACAACAGGCGCACGCGUCAGCGCGCCCGCCAGCUCAAAGAGGACUUUGACGUCAUGAAGCGCCGCCUGGAUUUGGCGUACCUAGAGAACCAGCAGUUGCGGCACGAGUUAAACGCAAUCCGAGCAGAGCACGCCAACUGUCCCCCGCUCCCGACCACCUCCCGGGGGUCAGCCACAGGGCCUGCGGCGACCCCCCGUUCCGGUGAAAUCGACAUCACCCCCCUCCGCAUUCCAGACGCGCGUGAGGAAACUCGCACAGCCAAGAGGGGGGGCAAACGCGCCUCACCGGAACCCCCCAGUGGAAUCGCGACACUGCUCAUCCCCAAGCGCGAGCGGCCGUUCUCGCCGGGCGCCCAGCGGGCCCCCAGUCCGCCACAGCUGGCCGCCCUGCCGAACUUCCGUUCGGACCCGUUCCGCCCGGGGGUUUCCGCCCCGGAACUCCCGACCUUCGCGUCGCAGUACGCCCGGUCGCUGCUGACGUCACCCCCCGCGGUACCCACGACUCCCUUCCCGGAGGUUUCGCAAAUCCCGGCGAGUUUUCCGGGGGUUAACCGCCCGGCCCGUUUACCGUCGAUCCUGGCCCCGUUGCCCCUACCUGCGUCCGAUAUUACAGCCAGACUAACCCCCCACGAAACCCCGGUUCCUCGAACCGGGUUUACCGCCCCUUACCCCGGUCAGCUGGACCCCACGAACCGCCUUUUCCCGCCCGCCUUAACCGGGGACAUGACCCUCGACGAGGCGUUCCGCGAAGUUUUCACGGGGGGGCCGGUCGCAGUCGAUCCGCUCGACCACCCGUACCCCCCGGGAGCGGACGCGUUCGGAUACUCGGAGGGUGCGCCGGCCGCUGUCGCGGCCGCCACCGCAAGCUUCCCGAUGCGCGCGCCGAGCCCCUCGCUCGGUAACUGGCUCUGGGCGGUCGGAAGCGGGAGUUCGACAGCUGGCAGCAGCACGAGUGGCAGUUUGAUGGGCGGUUUUAACCUGGGCGGAAAGGCACGGCCCAAAAACAAGGACCGAGAGGGUCAGUGAAGCAGCGGAACUACUCGUCACUUGAGCUGAACGGAAUAGUCACUUCGCGACGAGGAAUUGAAAGGAGAACUAGACUCGACUGUUCCGGACCUUCGCAGUUUGGCUGCCCGCUCCCUCGCUUCGCUGCAGAAAUCGCACGCGCAGGGAUAGAUGGUCUGCAAAGACCAGUUUGGAGACUUGCACGCGUAGGAAAACGGGGACUUCCAAGACCCCUUUGGAGCUUACUUUCGCACGCGUAGGAAGAGUUAUAGCUUUCUUUGCACGCGCAGGGAAUGUAGUCUAUUUGCUCGCGCAGGGACAGGAGUUUGUUUGCACGCGCAGGGAAAGUAGUUUAUUGCACGCUUAGUUUACUUGCACGCUUUACGUUACUUGCACGCAUAGUGUUGUGGCACGCUUUACUUGAUUUGCACGCUUACUUUAUUCGCACGCGUAGGGAGAGUAGUGAUCUGCACGCGUAGAGACUUGGGGUCUGCAAAGACCGGUUACUUAUCUGCACGCGUAGGGGUAGGAAGUCUGCGCGAGUUGGGGGAAUGGAGUCAAAACUGUGAGGCAGCGGCAGUCCUCGUUUGUCACUGGGUCAAGCGUCCCUAACCCAGUUGUACCAUAGUAACAAGCUUUUGCAUACGGUGCUCGCAUUUUGAUUGCAGGCAGGGACUCGGUUCCCGAUCCUGAUAGAGCGUGCGCCAACUUAGCUAGCCUUCUGCAGAAUCAGAUGGUUAGCGUUAGGCAUUUGAUGAAACUUCUCGCAUAAGUUCGCCUGGGGUGUUGUUACUUGUAGUCAGGUUUGCGCUCUACAAGACCGGGGUCAAAAGGGCAAUCGACACACAUGCAGUUAAUCCAGCCAUAGCCGUCAACAGCUCGCAAGACUUUUGACUAACUCCCAAGCCUAACUAAGCAUUGAUACAUUUGACCAAUUUUUCUUCCACAUCUUGAUAUGUUCAGUUCGCG